GAAAGGAGCCGGAAAUCCUGGCUAAAGGUUUACAGCGCCGCAAGACUUCCGAGAGCAGCUGCGACAAACACAAAGAGGCAACUUUAAGAAGGAAACUAACGGGAGAAGAGCAACUGUGGUGUAAAUAUUACAUCAAAACAACACUGACGGAACUUAAACAAAAGAGUCGAGGCGGAAAGGGUGUUGUUGACGCUUCUGCCUGAACGCACCGGCCAAGAUGGCGGAGUACUUGGCUUCCAUUUUCGGGACCGAAAAAGACAAGGUCAACUGUUCUUUUUAUUUCAAAAUUGGUGCUUGUCGACAUGGAGACCGCUGCUCCAGAUUGCACAACAAGCCAACUUUCAGCCAAACCAUUGCCCUUCUGAACAUUUAUCGGAACCCUCAAAACAGUGCCCAGUCUGCUGAUGGCCUGACCUGUGCCGUUAAUGACAUGGAGAUGCAGGAGCACUAUGAUGAGUUUUUUGAGGAAGUCUUCACAGAGAUGGAAGAAAAAUAUGGAGAAGUGGAAGAGAUGAAUGUGUGUGACAACCUCGGGGACCACCUAGUUGGAAAUGUGUAUGUGAAGUUCCGUUAUGAAGAGGAUGCUGAGAAGGCUGUGAUUGACCUGAAUAACCGGUGGUUUAAUGGGCAGCCCAUCCAUGCUGAGCUCUCUCCUGUUACAGAUUUCAGGGAAGCUUGCUGUCGUCAGUAUGAAAUGGGGGAAUGCACUCGAGGUGGCUUCUGUAAUUUCAUGCACCUGAAGCCGAUCUCCCGUGAGCUGAGGAGAGAGCUCUAUGGACGUCGGAGAAAGGGUCGUCGUAGGUCCAGAUCUCGAUCAAGAGACAGAAGGUCCCGCUCAAGGGACAGAGGUCGAGGAGGCGGAGGAGGCGGAGGAGGCCGUGACCAGAAACGCCGAUCCAGAGAGAGAGAGCGCUCCGGACGGUUCUGAACCACAAGCCAUGACCUUCGUUGUUUUUGUAAUUUGUGGAUUUAUUUCCUCCCAGAUGUAUUGUAGGACUAAUUCAAGGUACCAGAACAUAAAGCUGGAAUAGUUCAUCAUUUUUUGAUUUCUGGAAAAAAAUGUCUUACACCUCAUUAAAUUGAACAUUUUUUAAAUAAA